AUGUUGAGCAGUUUGGGAUUCAAAACUGGGAUUAGAGCAACUUACAAUGUUCUGGAUAAUCCAUCCUUUGCCAGCGAGCCAUGGACGAUAUACCCAGCCAAGCACAAGACAAACAACCGAAUAGUUUCCGUUUUCAUAUUUGAUAAACUGAAGUUUGAGUCGCAAGUGCAUCGAAUGUGUCAAAUGUCAUCAUUAGCUGCAAAUAGCAGUCCCAAGAAAGUCAUCAAAGAGUGCUAUGAGUUGGUUAAAUUUGAAGUGAACCAAUUGAGUAAAUUGAGACAUCCCCAGGUAUUGACAACUCUUGAGCCAUUGGAGGAGACAAAGACAAAAUUCCUAUUUGUCACCGAAGCAGUUGUGAGUGAUUUAAAUACAGCCGCUUCAAAAGAUUUGGAUGAGUUGUCGAUUCAAAAAGGGUUGUUGCAGGUGGCCAAGGGACUCCAAUUUAUUCACAACCAGUGCAACAUAAUUCACUUGAAUAUUCGGCCAUCGUCGAUCUUCAUCAACAAUCAAGGUGAUUGGAAGUUGGCAGGUUUUACAUUUCUUAAAAACCUCAACGAGAUUUCUCCUCAAGAACGAGACAAUUUUUAUAUCAUGAAUUCAUCUUCUUUUAUUCCAUUUGCAAAUUUGAAUUUAAGUUUUACGGCACCGGAGUUGAUUGUCGAUGCCCAACCAAAGUUGGAUUUUGCUAACGAUAUUUGGUCGUUCGGAAUGUUGAUUUUCCAUUUAUACAAUUACGAUGAAGGUGUUCUGUUAAUUCACUUGCAAGACACAACCAGUAUUCAAGAUUACAAGCAUCAAUUUCGUAAAUUUGAAUCGAAAUUUUACAGCCACCGAGCUAGCCCUAAUGAGUUGAAAUAUAUUUUGAAGAAAGUACCGGAACAGUUGUACCCCCUUUUUCCUCAACUACUCGCUAGGUAUCCUUACGAUAGGCUAAGAUUGGACCGAUUUAUAGAUUCAGAUUUUUUCAAUGGCACAAUAAUCAAAGCCAUGUGGUUUAUUGACGAGUUUACAACUAAAUCAAUUGAUGAAAAAUUGGUAUUUAUGAGGGGAUUAUUGAAAGUUGAACCGUCAACACAGAGCGCCUUGAUUAGCCGGUUUCCAUCAGCGUUUAGAUCGCUGAAGAUUUUGCCAUUAUUGAUUGGACAGGUUAUAAAUGAGUUGACCGUAUUGGAUGAAACCGUUGCCAUUGACUCCAAUAUCGAUGAGUUGAUUUCAUUGUCUUUAGAGUUGAUCAUGGUUAUUUCAAAAUCGAUGUCGGGGUUGACUUUCCAGGAUAGAGUUUAUAAUGUGUUGUUGAAGGAUAGCUCGUCGCUACUGGAAAAAGUUUAUGACGUUGUUUUCAAAGACGAGGCCAAGAGCAAGAAGUUGAAAACUUUUACCAAACUUAUUAACGCGUCAGUGAAGACCAGAUUAACUUUGAUAAGGAAUUUGAAUGUUUUACAAGAAAAGACGAACGAUAAGCAAUUUAUGAGUUUUAUAAAAGCAAUUUUGGACCUUGUGUUUACACUAGCAUCUAAAGAACAAGAUCAGAAGGAAGUCCAAAUUGAACUACAGGAGACAUUUCUCGAUUACAUACCGAAUUUUGUUGCCAAAAUUGACUUUUCGUACAUGAAAAAUACAUUUUUCCCAUUGUUGAUAAAGAUUCUCCAAGCGACAUCUGUUUUUUCCACCAAGUUGAAAAUCUUGAACACGUUUGAGAAAUUUGUUGAUGCAAAAGCCAUUGAUGCAAUCAUUAUCAAUGAACAGUUUCUCACCGUGACCAAGGCAUUAAAGAACCGAGAGGAGGAGAUUGUGGUUCGGAUACUCAAGUUUUUUGAAAAGAUUGUAUCAAAUGAGGAUAUGCACUUGGAUUUGAAAACUCAGGUUGACUCAAUUAUACCCCAGUGCUAUACAUUUGCCUUUGAGUGCACUGAUUGUGACCAGAAGCAGUUCAGGUCAUUCAUGACUAUCAUAAACAAGAUACAAAAGGAGAUGACAGAAAAGAAGUUGGCCCAGUUACCAGAACGGAACUUGAAUGGUAGAUCUGCAAAUGGCAGUGCGCAAAGGAAUACAGGUACGGCCAAUUUCGAGACAUUAUUGGAAUCUCAAGCCAUCAAGGAACCAGAGAAGCCAGAAAUUGUUCCAAAGAGUCAAGUGAUGCAACCAAUGCGGAAAAGCUCCAGCUCGUCACGUGCAACGUCUACGAAACCUAGCACGUCCACACCUUUGAGACCAAAGACAUCAUCAACGACAUCAAAAUCGACACCUAUAAAUCUAACGCAAAGUACUCCUUUAAGAUUUGGCGCCACUAACAACAACAGCUCCACCGGAUCAUCGAACUUGUUUGAUGGUUUGAAGAGUACAUUUGAUCGGGCUGGGCCAGCGUACCAUGACGAUGUAGCUGACGACGAUUUUGACGAUUUCCAACUGGCGAACAUAGCCAACAACAAACUCAAUUCGAGUAAGAAGACGAACUGGGUAUCAGAAGCCAGUAAAAUGAAGAGUUUACCUACCACCCCUUCAAGUUCAUAUAAUAAUCCCAACACUAGUGCACUGCUGCAGGGAAGAAACAACUACCCACCAGGUUUCAACUCGUCAGUCUUGUCACCAAAAGGUGGAAGUAUGACACCUAAUAUAUCAACAACACCUUCGCAAUCAAGUAAUAGUGCUAACACGAGUGGGAUCAAUGCUGAUCUACUAGAUUUACUAUGA